AUGGCUCAGAACGUUCAGAAUGUGACAUUGUCUCUGACGCUGCCCAUCACCUGCCACAUUUGCUUGGGAAAGGUCCGCCAUCCGGUCAUCUGUGUCAACAACCACGUGUUCUGCUCCAUUUGUAUUGAUGUAUGGUUGAAGAACAAUAGUCAGUGUCCGGCUUGUAGGAUUCCUAUCACCCCUGACAAUCCCUGCAAGGAGAUUAUAGGAGGAACAAGUGAAAGUGAGCCUAUAUUUAGUCCUACAGUCAGAAAACAUCUUCGUAAAACCAGACUUGAACUGCUCCACAAAGAAUAUGAGGAUGAAAUAGAAUCCUUGCAGAAAGAAGUGGAAGAGCUAAGAGGUAAAAACCUUAGCUUGGAAGCGCAGCUCAAAACGGUUCUGGAUCCUGGGGCCUUGGGUCUGUGUAACACACAUGAAGAAAGUCAUCAGUCUACAGAUGAGGCGAGCCGAGCUGGCCCAGAAACUGUAGAAGAAUGGACCAAGAAACUUAAAGCUGCUAAUGAUCUAUAUGAGAAAGUGAAAGAUGAUGUGGAAAAGUUAAAGGAGGCAAAUAAGAAACUGAGACUGGAAAAUGGUGGCCUUGUGAGAGAGAAUUUGCGACUGAAGGCUGAAGUUGAUAGUAGAUCACCUCAAAAGUUUGGUAGGUUUACGGCAGCUGCGCUUCAGUCCAAAGUAGAGCAGUGUGAACGUGAAACGAACCGUCUGAAAAAAGCACUGGAAAGAAGUGACAAGUACAUAGAAGAACUGGAGGGUCAGCUUACGCAGCUGAAAGGAUCAAGUGGAGAAACCCAAAAUGUGAGUACUGUUAGUGAGAGAGCACUUUUCACAGAUAAUAAAGGAAGUGAAAGCAGUGAAGAAGACAUUGCAUCAUUGAAAAGCCAAGUAGAAAGACUAGAGAAAAAGACUUUAACUACCAGCCAAAGUCCUGACAAUCUUGAGCAAUUGUCAGGUAAUGGACUCUUAGAUAGCGAUGGCGCUUGCUCAAACUCUGCUAGUCAAGACAGUUCAAAUGGGCCAGUCACACGCAGUCGUCCGACAAACAAAGAACUAUUUUCAGGGUGUCAGGAAGUUCUCCUGGAUAUAGCUGCUACAAAUAUGGAUGCCUGCUUAGAACCACAGUGGGAUAAAGGUGAGGAUUGUGCACCAUAUAAAGAUGAAGAACUUUAUGAGCUUCCAGCACCAUGUACACCUUCUUUGUCUCUCAGUUGCCUCCAGUUGAACACCCCUGAUAUCAAAGAGAGUCCUCUCGUAAAACAAGAGAGUACGGGGAAGCCAUCUGCCUUUCUAAGGAAACUGGAGUUUGAUGAUUUUUGUGACACUUCAGAUGAUUGCAACAAAGAUUCUCCAGAACAUAGUGCAAGCCCCUGCAACAGCCAGAAGAAGGUGACUUGUUUUACUUCAGCAAAGCCAGUGUUUUGGAAUAGCUGCUCAACAAACUAUGCUGAGAACUUAGAUUUUGAAGGUUCAGAGCAAAAUGCAAUUACUAGUCAUUCAGGAGAGCCAUCGGCAAAGUCCAGCGAUAAGCAUGAACUUCUUUUAUCUAAAAGAUUACAUACUAUCCGCUCUUCAGAAAUGAACCGCACAAGAACGUCCAGUGAAGCAUCCAUGGAUGCUGCUUACCUUGAUAAAAUUUCUGAGCUGGACUCCAUGAUGUCCGAAUCUGACAAUAGCAAGAGUCCCUACUACAACUUUAAGUCCUCUGAGCUUGAGAAUCCUUCAAAGUCAACACAGUGUUCUGAACUCCUGAAUGAAUCCGAUAAGAAGCUGGAAGAAAGGAACAAACAAAACAGUGUAAAAUGUCCUGAAUCAAGUGAGCAAUUGGUAGAUUGGAAACCUGCUACAUUUUCAAUCCUCUCUCCAUCUGGACUAGAGAUGAAUGAACACUUCCCAUUGUUUUCAGGCCAAAAUUCAGAAACUAGCGAAAUCAAACCUCAGAACUGUUUAUUUCAAAGAGAGUUUUCCCAAAGUUUUCUUUUCAGUAACUCGCAAAGGCUAUUUGAAGAACAAAAGUUGGGUUCCUCUAUUUUUAAGGUGUCAUCUGAGAUUCAUAAUCUUCACAACCAACUUCAGUCUCCUUGGGCUUCUUCCUUUAUUCCUGAAAAGAAACAUAAGAGUGUCAAUCAGUCGACCAAAAGAAAAAUUCAAAGCAGCCUUUCUAGUGCUAGUCCCUCAAAAACUACUAAAAACUAA